AGCCAGUUGCGCCUUUCUCUUUGAAACUACAGCGUAGCAUGUCGUAGUUUGUGACACACCUUGUAGGGUUCAAAUUUGAACUCUUUUUCACCAAGAGUCGAACUCGGAGCAGAAUCUGGCUUGAAUAAAAAAGAGGUUUGUAUCAUUCAUCGUGAUUCGAGUACUUCUGAGACUAGUACCUAAACUGAUUCUGUCUGGACCACGACCCAUACUCUUUCGGCACACAGAGGUGGCGUCGAAGCAUAACGGAAACGGAAAGGCCUCGUCACGAAGCCUUGUGCGUCGAAAGAUCUUCUUUUCCAGACUGGGUUGACAAGAGGAUUUGAUAAACGAUCGCGCGGGAACGAAAUGAGGCAGUCUGGUGGCAGGGUUGCUGGCCGGAGUGCGGUUCGGGCAGUAUCGGCGUUUACGGGACGUCGCCUUUUUUCCGUCUGGCUCGCUACGAAAAAGAUUGAGACUUAUGUUUUCUAUACCCGUAGCGUGUGAGAUGCAUACACAUACACUCAAAUUUGUAUUUGCUUUUGCAACAUCCGCAAUUUCCAGAAGUAAAGACGCGGUUUUCUAUUGCCAUGAUUCGAGCACUGUGCUUUUGCGCCCUCGGUGCUGGAGUAAGCAGUGCAACGAAAGCAAGCAAUCGCUGUACCCCAAUCGGCCGAGGAUGAAAAAUUUUAAUCCGCUUGUAUUUGGCAUGCGGUUCUUGUGUGGUGGGGACCCUCUCGAAGAUGUAUGAUUUUCUUCUUUCGAUAGCGAGAUGUGCCGCUUUACUUGGUUUCUUCGGGAUUGAGCCUGUUCUGGGCGCGAAAAGGGACAUGGUGUGGGCGUGGAUUGAGGGCUACGUGAACACGAAGAUUCGAGAAGACGAAGACCCAGGCUUUCGUGCGUGGGCAACUGAUGACGGCAAUCUCUUCAUCGUGUUCCUGCCGCCGCUAUUGAUCCUGGACAAUUAUUUUUCGCUGCCGCCCGGACACUACUACAAGGGGGUCGAGCUCGUACUUUUUUUUUGUAAUCUUCUCAAUCUAAUUCCGAUUGCGAUUUCGAGUUCCUGUUUUUCAAUAUGAAGGCAGCGACAUCAACUAUGCUUCCUGGUGCUCUGGUGAUGAUCGAUCUGAUAUUUUUUGGUGCGCAGGUGGUAAGCAGACGCUCCAAGUAUGAUUUUAUCCCAAGGCGGGUAAAGUUCUCGGCAAAACGAUCUACAAACCACCCGACAGGCGUUCAAGAUAUCUAUUCCGGACGACUUCCGUGUUCCCGAGGGUUGGAGUAUCCUCUCCGACAAGGACGAGAGGAGAGUACGUUUUUCCGGUCAGCCGCACGCCAUGGCGCAGUAUCCCAUUUACCACCCGCACAUGUCUUCCAUCAGUACUAACUCAUUUAUGGUUUUUUUCCGUUUGCUUUCCUUCUCGCAUUUGCAUAAUUUGUAUGAGUAUCGAUAGCGGAAUCGUCCGUGACUUUUUCCAGAGGCUACUCAUAACCGGCACACUUCUUUCGAGUGUAGAAAACUCGUGUCCACUAGGGCUGAUUGAGUGGUGGGCGAGCUGAACUCUACGCAGUAAGUGUCAACAUUUAAUUUUGGUUACAGGUGGAAAUGCCUGCUUCACUAUGGGCUCGUGGGGGGAGCAGGCGUACACCCUUAGCGCGUGGAUUAUGGCUUUCUGGGAGGGCUUCGUUAUCGACCCGGACGGCUGCGACCAAACAGGCUCGAUGUACAACGACGAGGCGAAAAAAUUGUGGAAGGAGGACCGCAACAAGUACUGGGAUAAGGUUUGGGAAAAAGUAUCCACAUGAAGAGCAGACCCCCCAGCGCUACUUUUCCUAAGGAAAUUAUUUCUGUAACUGACCCGAGGGAGAGUGAUUUGAUGAAAGGAGUCCGCCCAGAUGAAGCACUCCUGUACUUGUGUAAUCGACACGUCGGCAUGCUUCGUCUGUAACUGUAUAUGAUUUUCUUUUUGAUGCGCAGCAUCGUCUAGCGCCAUAAACUGAUCUUUACAUGUCUUGGCAUGCCCUAUCUGUUGCCAGAAAGGUACGGAAAAGGACUACUUGUGAUCUGGGGCUCGGGGUGGCUCACUCAUGGUCAUAGCAGUCGCGCGCGCAUAAUUACGGCCGCAGCACGGAUGAUGGUGGCUAUCCGUGGGUCGAGGAUCCCCGUAGCAGCAGCUCCAUCGCUGAAUUUCGAAGCUACCUCAAGGUGCCUGGUUACUGAUAUAACACUUUGAAGUGGCGCUGUCAGGCAGGUUCUCGGGCCGAGAGAAGGGAUCGACCGUGUUCGUGCGGCUCUGCUGCAUGCACGCGCAGUUCAGGAAAAUUUCAUGUGGGAGCGCAUCUGCCCGUGGUUCAGGAACUGCACCUGCGAUUUUUGCCGCUGUUGCGGCGAUUCUUGCCGCUGUUGCGGACCGCUAAGCCGCUGGAAAAGUUGCUCCGAAGAAGAAUUCUGUUGCGACUGAUCUUUGGGACCAGGAGACCAGGUUGAAUCUAGUGAUCGAAUUUUAACGGCGACCUCAGUGCUGGCGUCCUCCAUCCGAAUCAAUCUGAGCACCUGGCGCAGUGCUCUGGUCCACCUACUCUUCUAGCAUGCCCGCGGGUAGGAAAGGCCGAACCUGCAGCACGAUGUGCAAUGGAAUUGUUAAUUUGAACCCGGGGGUUCGAAGAGUCUAGCACCUGAUCCAGAGUGGAAAAAACUGUACCGAUGUUUAGAUAUGUUUUUGUACUUCAAGCUAUUUUCGAUACUUCGAAUCAUAUGAUCGCGUGACAAGAAGCAUGGGACCGUGCGCGUAUUCUAGUAUAGCUGUGGUUCUGGUAAAGCCAACGAGUCAACAUGUGAUAAGCAUGUACGUUGCUAGGUGAUAGGUAGCACAAGCGCCGCUCCACCACUUUCGAUGAAUACUAGAACUCGCACUAUCUUUCUGAUGCGUUUCUUGUCAGGAUCAUGCAAGGAAGAUCCUCCACGAACCACGAGGAGGACGACUGAACAUCUGGGCACUCGCGAACAAGUACAUUUUGACGCAGAAGAUCAUCGCAAUGGUCCCCUUGGUAGUCGAGGCCACAUUAGAAGAUCUGCUCGUCUGCCCGACACGCUAUGUGAUCAUUGAUCGUUUUGGUCUUCUUACCAAGGAUCAACGUACUUAGGUUGCUGAACAUGCG